GUGUCAUCUAUAGUGUAAAAGUGUUUGUAAUAUUACUGAGUCUUAUCACUUUUCUGAGCUGUCCGUUUAUAUAUUACUACGUGUAAUUUUUCUAAACGUCGUUAAUAUUCAAUUAUUUUAUCGUUCGCCUUUCGUUUUGUUCGAGUUUUUCGAGAAAUAUAACGUUUCGUUUGUAGCGAUUAAUGUCAUUUGGACGAAAUUAUUCGACGUUUUGAGUUUUCGUCUAACGUUCGGAGUUAGGUCAUUUUUUUGAAAUAUGGCUGCUGCCGCUGCUGCUGCUUUACUUGACGAGCUUAUGGGGAGAAAUAGAAAUGUUCUUCCCAAUGAAAAACCAAAAGAACUUAAUUGGGAGGAUCCUGAGUUUUGCAAAUUAUAUUUGGUAAAAUUCUGUCCUCAUGAUUUAUUUGUGAAUACGAGAGCUGACCUUGGGGCUUGUUCUCGAGUUCACGACGAUGAGGCGAGAGAACUUUUUGAGAAAGCGCCAUACUCAUAUCGUAAACAGCAAUACGAAGAUGAAUUUAUUAGAUUCUGUCAAAGUAUGUUGAAUGAGGUUGAAAGAAAAAUUGUCAAAGGCAAACAACGUCUUGCUCUUAUUGGAAGAACUGAAGCGCCUACUCUAACUCCUGCACAGACUCAAAGAAAUGAAGAACAAAUAGCUUUGCUAACGGAAAAAAUAAACAAAUUAGUAGAAGAGGCAGAACAAAGUGGAAUUCAAGGAAAUGUAGAACAAGCUCAAGGCCUAAUGAGACUUUGUGAUCAAUUAAAAGAAGAACGGGAAACUCUUAGAAAGUCUAACGAUAAUAGCCAUUAUAAUCAAACUGCUGAAUUAGCUGCGGCUCAAGAAAAACAAAUGGAGGUAUGUGAUGUGUGUGGUGCUUUUCUUAUUGUUGGAGAUGCUCAACAACGAAUUGAUGACCAUUUGAUGGGUAAACAACAUGUGGGUUAUGCAAGAUUAAAAAGUGCUCUUCAAGAAAUUAUGAAUAAACGUGAAAAAGCAAGGGAUGAAAAAGAGCAGAAAAGAGAAGAGGAGAGAAAACAGAGAGCACGUGCUAAUGAAGAACUUGAUAGACGAAGAAGAGAAAGUGAUAGAGAUCGAGAUCGAGAUAGAGAAAGGGAUAAACGUCGUAGACGUACAGACGACGACAAGGGUAGACAUGACUCAGGAAGUCAUAGGAAUUCUGGACAUAGAAGUAGAAGCAGAUCUAGAGAGAAGCAUGAUCGACAUCGUGAUGACGAUAAUCAUCGACGUCAUUCUCGCGAUAAAGGAAAUCGAGAUCAUCGAAGUUCCAGUCACCAUAAUCGUCGUCGCCAUCGAUCUCGAAGUCGAAGUCACAAGUUCUUUACCAGAGCGAAGACAGGGCAAUGGGAAUAACCAGUCCGACAGAUCCACGUGCACUCUGCUUUAUGUAUUAUUAAGGUAAAGAUUUUGCAUAAUCUUCACAUUGAAAAGUCAUGAAUUUUAUAUAAAUAUGGAUGAAUUUAUUUAAAGUACUUUACGUCAUUUUAACGAAUCAUUAAUGAUUCCUGAAAAUCGGCCUUUAAAUAAUGCGUGAAUGUUAUUUUAUUGCAAUUUUAUUUACAUCUAAAAGUAAUUGUUACAUUACUAUACAUACCAACCAAACAAGGUAAAAUGUCCAUAGGUUACGUUGUAAUACUCGUAAUAUUGUUAUUUGAAAUUAAUAAAAUGAACCUGAGAAAGAACAUAAAAAAAUAAUCACAAAAUGCAGAUAAAGAUUAGUCUAAAAAACCAUUAAAUGACUGGUAUUAUCUUGUACACUUGUAACAUAAAAAUAUAUAUUUAACUAGGUAA